AUGCUCUCAGGGGUGAACGACCUUGCCCGAGGUGUUGCUUUCCUCGAGUCACCUAACCUCGCCUAUGGUGACAUAAGACCUGAAAAUAUCCUCCUUGAUCGUAACCGACUGAAAAUUUCGGAUUUUGAUUGCACAAGCGAAUUUGGGUCGGAUUUUGAUACUUGCCCCUGUCCGUAUGGAAGACUACUAAAUAGUGAGGAGACAGACCAAGGAGUACCUGGAACUGCGGGUUUCCUAGGUCCUAGAACGGGACAGUUUGCCCUCGGUUCGCUAUUCUACCUAAAUAACUACGGCUUUGAGGUUUAUGAUGACCAGCGUCUUGUCGAUGACCCUUAUGAACAUGGACCCAAGGUCAUGGAAUUACUCCAGGAUAUGAAAAUUCCGAAGUUCAACGGUGAUCCGCUAAUUGACAAUAUCAUCGAUAAGUGCUGGCAUAACCGAUAUCGCACGCUUGCAGAGUUAGCUACCCAGACCGACAUCUUGCGGAGUGAACCAACCAGUGGACCGCGCAAUCACGAAGCAGCCUCUACCUUCAACGACUGUCACAACGUAAAUCAAGACCGGUCUGGAGAGUCUUCGUUGAAGAAGCGGGAAUUCUGCCAGGACUUAGAGAAGCGUGGACUCCUUCGCCUCCUUCCUUCGGGUAAACCUAUGGAGCUUGGAUUCAGCAUGGAGCACAGCCUGGGUGAAAUUCGUUACAAGCUGUACGAAGGGAAGAGGGGGUUGGAGCAUUCAGUGAAGAGAAAAAAAGCAGCUGUCCUGGCUAUGUUUCGAUCAAUGCUCGUUUUUGAUCCUGGGAAACGGGCUUCGGCAAAAGUCGUUACUGGCAUCUGA